GGAAGUACCACGCCACAAACUAUAGUUUGUGUAGUGAAGCCGAAGACGAAGAUGACGAGCAAGGGCACUCCUCCAUCGCCAUCAUUGCUCCUCUUGUUUGUUCUUGUUCUUCUAGGUCUGUUCUCAUCACCAUGCUCCUCCUCCUCCGGUCUGAGCCGCAGCAACUUCCCGAAGAACUUUGUGUUUGGGACAGCGGCGUCGGCUUACCAGGUGGAGGGCAUGGCCAGCAAGGACGGGCGCGGCCCCAGCAUUUGGGAUACUUUCAUCAAACAACCUGGGCGCGAGCCCAACAAUGCUUCCGGGGAGGUGUCGGUGGAUCAGUAUCACAAGUAUAAAGACGACCUUGAUCUUAUGGCGAAGCUCAAUUUCGACGCAUACAGGUUUUCGAUUUCAUGGCCCCGGAUCUUCCCAAAUGGAACUGGAAAGGUGAACUGGAAGGGAGUGGCUUACUACAAUAGACUAAUCAAUUACAUGCUCAAAAAGGGUAUCACGCCGUAUCCCAAUCUGAACCACUACGAUCUUCCUCAAGCUCUUCAGGAUCGCUACAAGGGGUGGCUGAGCCAUGAAGUAGUAAAGGACUUUGCCGACUACGCGGAUUUCUGCUUCAAGACAUUCGGGGACAGAGUGAAGAACUGGCAGACGUUCAAUGAGCCCAGAGUGGUGGCCGCACUUGGAUACGACAACGGCUUCUUUGCACCGGGGAGGUGCUCCAAAGCGUUUGGGAAUUGCACCGAGGGGGAUUCCUCAACUGAGCCUUACAUCGUUGCUCAUAAUCUCAUUUUAAGCCACGCAGCUGCUGUUCAGCGAUAUCGCCAAAAGUAUCAAGCAAAACAGCAGGGGAGGAUUGGAAUCCUACUCGAUUUUGUUUGGUACGAGCCCCUCACUAGGUCCAAAGCAGACAACUAUGCUGCUCAACGCGCCCGAGAUUUUCACAUCGGAUGGUUUUUGCAUCCUCUGGUGUACGGAGAGUAUCCAAAAACAAUGCAGAACAUCGUGGGGAAAAGGCUGCCAAAGUUCUCAGGGGAUGAGGUGAAGAUGGUUAAAGGAUCGUUCGAUUUUGUGGGGAUAAACCAAUACACGGCAUACUAUAUGUACGACGCGAAGCAGCAAAAUGCAACCAACCUGGGGUACCAGCAGGACUGGGACUGUGGAUUUGCCUAUGAGCGUAACGGAGUGCCGAUCGGGCCAAGGGCGCACUCGGAUUGGCUUUACAUGGUGCCGUGGGGGCUGUACAAGGCGGUGAGCUACAUCAAGGAGAGGUACGGGAACCCGGAGGUGAUCCUGGCGGAGAACGGAAUGGAUCAGGCGGGCAACCUGACGCUGCCGGCGGUGCUGGAGGACACAGUGAGGAUCAACUACUACGCGAGCUACCUGGAGGCGCUGAGGAGGGCGAUGGCGGAGGGGGCUAACGUGAGCGGCUACUUCCAGUGGACCUUCGUGGACAACUUCGAGUGGAGGCUGGGCUACACCUCUAGGUUUGGGAUCGUCUACGUCGACUUCCACACGCUCAAGAGGUACCCCAAGAAGUCCGCCGAAUGGUUCCGCCGCCUGCAGCAGAGGAAUUAGACUGACAGACAUUCUCAUCAGAACAAUCCCAAUCCCAAUUCCCAUCAUCGUCAUCCCAUCUCAUCUACUGCACUGCACAACACUAAUUUACUGCUUGCUUGUUUUUUUGUCUGUCGUCUGUAGUGCAGCAGUAGUUGUUGUUUCUGCCUCUCUCUCUCUCUCUCUCUCUCUCUCCCUCCUUUUGGACAUCAUCAUCAUCACCAUCAUCAUCAGUCGAUCAAUAAAACCCCGUGAUCAUAGAUAA